CAAGAAAUGGGCAAGUUCAUCAAGGCCGGCCGCGUGGUGGUUCUCCUGCAGGGCCGCUACACGGGCAAGAAGGCGAUCGUGGUGAAGGCGUUCGACGACGGGUCCAAGGCGCGCCCUUUCGGUCACUGCCUUGUCGCCGGCGUGGACAAGGCCCCCCUGAAGGUGACGAAGACCAUGGGCAAGAAGAAGAUUGCCAAGCGGACUCGCGUGAAGCCCUUUGUGAAGUACGUGAACUACAACCACAUGAUGCCUACUCGCUACCAGGUACCCGCGGAGGUUGGUGUGCAGUCUUGGGUGACGGAUCAGCAAAUGGACAACAGUGACGGCCGCGUAGAGGCGAAGAAGUUGAUCAAGAGUCACUUCCAGGAGAAGUUCGCGAGUCCGCCAGCGGACAAAGCGGGCAAGCCCUCUAAGGACGUCCUCUACCUCCGGAAGAAGCUACGCUUCUGA